CUUCUUCUUCUUCUUCUUUUUUUUUAUGACAUCUCCUUUCUGUCAGAGACACUUGCCUUCUUUGGGUUAUAAACUUUUGAUGCCAGACCUCUGCAGAACGCGCCCAACUGAAUCUUAAAGUAGCUUCACCGAGAGAGACAGAGAACGCACAAUCUGUGACCUUCGUCCCUGCUCCUUCUUUCGUGCCCCCCCCCGCUCCCUCCGCCCCAGGGAGCGUUGAGAAAGCUCUUUUUUGGAUGCAGGAGGGGGCAUCUGGUUCUGCUAGGCUGGAAAGCUGAGGCUGGAGCCGAGGAAGAAUUAUUAGGCUCCGGAGAGCCUGGACUCAGCCUUGCCUUCUCCCGCUCCUGGCUCCUGUUUGCUCUGUGUGCUUUCACCCCUCAACACUUCCGGCUGUUCUGAGAGGGCAGGGGACAAGGACCGCGCAGCUGCAGGAGUUCUGGGAAGUUGUGGUUGUCGAGAAUGGGGGUCUGUGGGUACCUGUUCCUGCCCUGGAAGUGCCUCGUGGUCGUGUCUCUCAGGCUGCUGUUCCUUGUACCCACAGGAGUGCCGGUGCGUAGCGGAGAUGCCACCUUUCCCAAAGCUAUGGACAACGUGACGGUCCGGCAGGGGGAGAGCGCCACCCUCAGGUGUACCAUAGAUGACCGGGUCACCAGGGUAGCCUGGCUAAACCGCAGCACAAUCCUCUAUGCUGGGAAUGACAAGUGGUCCAUAGACCCUCGAGUAAUCAUCUUGGUCAACACGCCUACCCAAUACAGUAUCAUGAUCCAGAAUGUGGAUGUGUAUGAUGAAGGUCCAUACACCUGCUCUGUCCAGACAGACAAUCACCCCAAAACCUCCCGCGUCCAUCUCAUAGUGCAAGUACCUCCCCAGAUAAUGAACAUCUCUUCAGACAUUACUGUGAAUGAAGGAAGCAGUGUGACCCUGUUGUGUCUUGCAAUCGGCAGACCAGAACCAACAGUGACAUGGAGACACCUGUCAGUCAAGGAAGGCCAGGGCUUUGUGAGUGAAGAUGAAUACCUGGAAAUCUCAGACAUCAAACGUGAUCAGUCUGGAGAGUACGAGUGCAGCGCCUUGAACGACGUUGCUGCACCUGAUGUUCGGAAAGUAAAAAUCACUGUAAACUACCCUCCCUAUAUCUCAAAAGCCAAGAACACUGGUGUUUCUGUUGGUCAAAAGGGCAUCUUGAGUUGUGAAGCCUCUGCUGUCCCCAUGGCUGAAUUCCAGUGGUUCAAGGAAGAUACCAGGUUAGCCACUGGCCUGGAUGGGGUGAGAAUUGAGAACAAAGGCCGCAUAUCCACUUUGACUUUCUUCAAUGUCUCAGAGAAGGAUUAUGGGAAUUAUACCUGUGUGGCCACAAACAAGCUUGGGAACACCAAUGCCAGCAUCACCCUGUAUGGGCCUGGAGCAGUCAUUGAUGGUGUAAACUCGGCUUCUAGAGCACUGGCUUGUCUCUGGCUCUCAGGGACCUUCUUUGCCCACUUCUUCAUCAAGUUUUGAUAAGAAAUAAUAGGUCCUCUGAACAUCGCCUGCUUCUCCAUAUCACAGACUUUAAUCUACACUGCGGAGGGCAAACCAGUUUGGGCUUCUUUUUUGUUUAUUUUUGUUCUUCUUGACUAUUUAGGGGUUUUUUUGGUUUGAUUUCUGGGAUUUUCAAUUUUAUUUGAUUUUUCUUUUUUAGUUUGAAUGAAUGGGGUUGGGGGUUGGGAUGGGUAGGGUUCUACCAAGGGUAGGAUAAAUCAUUCAUUGGUGUGCCCCAAAAUGGAAUCUAUUCCUGCUACCUUGGCCUUCCUUUUCUCUACUUCUCUUCUUAUUACCAAUAACAUACACACACACACACACACACACACACACACACACACACACACACCAUAAAAAUGGUCUAAAAUAUCCCAUGACAAGCACCCUGAAGGUACAACUUGGCUCACAAUGCAGUACACAAUAAGAGUUGCAUCUACAUGUCCUAUUUUCUUUGUCCUUUUAGCUUUUAAUAAGACAGUUUAAAAAGUUCAUAUCCUUAGCCUCAUGCUAAUAUCACCUAUCACAUUGGGGUUCACACUUUUCAUCUAAGAAGCUGUCUACCUACAUCCUUAAAUGUGCACACACAUACAUCCAUAUGUAAAAAUUUGCCAUCUUCUCUGGCCAUUCUGCUCUAUCUGCAUUUUAUUCACUAGCUAUAAGACUUAUGGUCCUGAGACUAUACAUGUACCCAAAGCUACAAAUUUAGGACUCAAGUAAACAAAUGAGGAAAGCCUAUUUAGGGUAGUACUUCCCUUAAAAUGCUGUUGCAACUCAUAGAAACUGAUCAAUAGCUGGCUAAUUAUAUCAAGCUAUCAAAGCAAACAUACUAUUAUCUAGUUACUCAAUUGA